CGCUUCUGUGCGUCUACUUUAAGGACGCUGGUGUGUGUUGGAGCGGCGCCGCUGGCUGGGGCUUGGAACGGUGCGAUGAUAAUAGACGCAUAUGCGGUAGACAACACACCUUUCACUCAGCGAAACACCCACGAAACAGCUUCCGGACGCUCCUCGGCGCACCUUUAACCACUUGGAGCGAAGUGCCAGCAGUACCAUGUCCAGGCCAAUAGGGGCGGGCAUCAACGAUGUCACCCGCUUCCUCACGUCGGGGGUGGGGCCCACCUCCCCCGGCACCAACGCUCCCAUGUUCUCCGCCUCCAGCCAGGCGGACUGGGCGGCCAAGCGGCUGGUGUGGGUGCCCUCGGAGAAGCACGGCUUUGAGUCGGCCAGCAUCAAGGAGGAGCGCGGGGACGAGGUGGAGGUGGAGCUGACGGAGACACAGAAACUGCUGCACCUCUCCAGGGAGGAGAUCCAGCGCAUGAACCCACCACGCUUCAGCAAGGUGGAGGACAUGGCCGACCUCACCUGCCUCAACGAGGCGUCCGUGCUGCACAACCUGCGAGAGAGAUACUACUCCGGCUUGAUCUACACCUACUCUGGCCUCUUCUGCGUGGUGGUGAACCCUUACAAGAACCUGCCCAUCUACACCGAGUCCAUCGUGGAGAUGUAUCGAGGAAAAAAGCGUCACGAGAUGCCGCCGCACAUUUACGCCAUAUCGGAGGCGGCGUACCGGAGCAUGCUUCAAGACCGAGAAGAUCAAUCCAUCCUCUGCACGGGCGAGUCUGGUGCAGGGAAAACAGAAAACACCAAGAAAGUCAUUCAGUAUUUGGCUCAUGUGGCCUCCUCUCACAAGAGCGGACCUCUGGGGAGGACUAAAGAACCUCUACCGAAAAUGACAGGCACUCACUCCCUGACCAGAGGCAGCACUCUGGCCCACAGGACUUUGCAAUAUGGAGAGCUUGAGAGACAGCUCCUGCAAGCCAACCCCAUACUGGAGGCGUUUGGCAACGCUAAAACGGUGAAGAAUGACAACUCCUCCAGAUUUGGUAAAUUCAUCCGCAUCAACUUUGACGUGGCGGGGUACAUCGUGGGCGCCAACAUCGAGACCUACCUCCUGGAGAAGUCCCGGGCCACCCGUCAGGCCAAGGAGGAGCGGACCUUCCACAUCUUCUACCAGAUGUUGCACGGCUCCUCUGAGGAGACUAAAAAGGACCUGCUGUUAGGCACCGCAGACCAGUACCGCUUUCUCAGCGGGGGUUCCAUAAAUGUCCCCGGUCAGAGUGACUCUGAGAACUUCACCCAGACCAUGGACUCCAUGGGCAUCAUGGGCUUCAACCCGGAAGAGUUGAUGUCCAUGCUGAAGGUCAUCUCCGCCGUGCUGCAGUUUGGGAACAUCUCCUUCACCAAGGAGAAGAACCACGACCAGGCCUCCAUGCCCGAUAACACGGCGGCACAGAAGCUCUGCCAUCUGCUGGGCAUCAACGUGCUGGAGUUCACCCGGGCCAUCCUCACCCCCAGGAUCAAAGUGGGUCGGGAGUAUGUGCAGAAGGCCCAGACCAAGGAACAGGCGGACUUUGCCGUGCAGGCCUUGGCCAAGGCCACCUACGAGCGCCUGUUCAGGUGGUUGGUGCACCGGAUCAACAGAGCUCUGGACCGCAGACAACGGCAGGGAGCCUCCUUCAUCGGCAUCCUCGAUAUCGCCGGCUUCGAGAUCUUUCAGCUGAACUCCUUCGAGCAGCUGUGCAUCAACUACACCAACGAGAAGCUGCAGCAGCUCUUCAACCACACCAUGUUCAUCCUGGAGCAGGAGGAGUACCAGCGCGAGGGCAUCGAGUGGAACUUCAUCGACUUUGGCCUGGACCUGCAGCCCUGCAUAGACCUCAUUGAAAAACCAACCCACCCGCCCGGGGUCCUGGCCCUGUUGGAUGAAGAGUGCUGGUUCCCCCGAGCCACCGACCGCUCCUUCGUGGACAAGCUGACUGGCGAGCAGGGCGGCCAUCCCAAGUUCUUCAAGUCCAAGCAACCUCGCGGGGAAGCAGACUUCUCCAUCAUCCACUACGCUGGCAAGGUGGACUACAAGGCCAAUGACUGGCUGGUGAAGAACAUGGACCCUCUGAAUGACAACGUUGCUUCUCUCCUCCAUCAAUCAUCCGACCAUUUUGUUUCUGAGCUGUGGAAAGAAGAUAUACAAACUCUCCCUCGUGUUUACUUCUUUGACUCUUAUAGCACACUGCAGGAGAAUGGCUCGGACAUGGACCGCAUCAUCGGCAUGGAGCAGAUGGGUGCGGGGGAGAGCAGUGGUCCGGUCACCUUCGGAGCAGGGGGGCUGAAGACCAAGAAGGGAAUGUUCCGGACCGUGGGCCAGCUCUACAAGGAGUCCCUGGCCAAGCUCAUGGCCACGCUGAGGAACACCAAUCCUAACUUCCUGCGCUGCAUCAUCCCCAACCACGAGAAGAGGGCCGGCAAGCUGGCACCUCACCUGGUUCUGGACCAGCUCAGGUGCAACGGGGUCCUGGAAGGGAUCCGCAUCUGUCGACAAGGCUUCCCCAACCGCAUCCCCUUCCAGGAGUUCAGACAGAGAUACGAGAUUCUGACUCCCAACGCCAUUCCUCGCACCUUCAUGGACGGCAAACAGGCUUCAGAGCUCAUGAUCAAAGCCUUGGAGCUGGAUCCCAACCUGUUCCGCGUGGGCCAGAGCAAGGUGUUCUUCAGGGCUGGCGUCCUGGCUCACCUGGAGGAGGAGCGAGACCUGAAGAUCACCGACACCAUCAUACGCUUCCAGAGUGCGGCCAGAGGCUACCUGGCACGCAAGGCCUUCAUGAAGAAGCAGCAGCAGCUGGGAGCUCUGAGGGUGAUGCAGAGGAACUGUGCUGCCUACCUCAAACUCAGGAACUGGCAGUGGUGGAGACUCUUCACUAAGGUGAAGCCACUCCUGCAGGUGACUCGUCAGGAUGAGGAGAUCCAGGUGAGAGAGUCUGAGCUGCUGAAGGCCAAGGACAAACUGACCCGGGUGGAGCAGGACUUUGUGGACCUGGACAAGAAACACGUGCAGCUGAUGGAGGAGAAGGCGGUGCUGGCCGACCAGCUGCAGGCGGAGGCGGAGCUGUUUGCCGAGGCGGAGGAGAUGAGGUCCAGGCUGGCCAGCCGCAAACAGGAGCUGGAGGACGUGCUGACGGAGAUGGAGAGUCGGCUGGAGGAGGAGGAGGAGCGAGGAACGCAGCUGACCAACGAGAAGAAGAAGAUGCAGCAGAACAUUCUGGACCUGGAGGAGCAGCUAGAAGAGGAGGAGAGUGCCAGGCAGCGCCUCCUGCUGGAGAAAGUCUCCCUGGAGACCAAAGUGAAGAGUCUGGAGAACGACCUCCUGACCACGGUGGAGCAGAGGGAUCGCCUCGGCAAGGAGAAGAAGCAGCUGGAGGAGCGUCUGAGCGAGGUGACGGACCACCUGACCGAGGAGGAGGAGAAGAGCAAGAGUCUGAACAAGCUGAAGAACAAACAGGAGGCCGUCAUCGCCGACCUGGAAGACCGGCUGAAGCGCGAGGAGCAUGGCCGCCUGGAGCAGGACAAGUGGAAGCGGAAGAUGGAGGCGGAGGCGAUGGAGGCGCAGGAGCAGCUGUCGGACCUGGGCAUGAUGUCGGGCGAGCUGAAGGGCACCCUCACCCACAAGGACAAGGAGAUCAGCACCUUGCAGGGCCGGUUGGAGGAGGAGGGCACGUGUCGGGCGGAGUCCCAGCGGGCGCUGCGGGAGGCCAUGUCCCAGGUGUCGGAGCUGAAGGAGGAGGUGGAGAACGAGCGCGGCAUGAGGGAGCGGGCGGAGAAACUGCGGCGGGACCUGGGGGAGGAGCUGGAGGCGCUGAGGACGGAGCUGGAGGACACGCUGGACACCACGGCGGCCCAGCAGGAGCUCAGGUCACGUCGGGAGGCGGAGUUGGGCGAUCUCCAGCGUUGCAUCGAAGACGAGACACGCCGCCACGAGUCGCAGCUCUCUGAGCUGCGGGUCAAACACAGCUCGGCCGUGGACAACCUGCAGGAAGAGCUGGACAACAGCAAGAGGGCGCGUCAGUCCCUGGAGAAGGCGAAGGCGGCGCUGGAGGAGGAGCGUCAGAGUCUGACGGCGGAGCUGAAGAGCCUCCAGGCCAGCCGCACGGAGAGCGAGCGCGGCCGCAAGAGGGCGGAGGGUCAGCUGCAGGAGGUGACGGCCCGCCUGGGUCAGGCCGACCGCGAGAAGGAGGAGCGAGAGGAGCGAGUCCACAAGCUGCAGAGUGAAUGUGAGAAUCUCUCCAGCAACCUGUCCUCCUUUGACAGCAAAUCCCUCCGUCUGUCCAAAGAAGUCAGCAACCUGGAGAGCCAGCUGCACGACACGCAGGAACUACUGCAGGAGGAGAACCGUCAGAAGGUGUCUCUGGCAUCAAGGGUGCGAGCGCUGGAGGAGGAGAGGAACGUUGUGGUGGAGAGACUGGAGGAGGAGGAAGAGAAAGGCAGAGAGUGGACUCGUCAGAUCCAGACUCUCAGUCAGCAGCUGAGCGAGAUCCGCAAGCAGUCGGAGGAGACCAACACGGCGGUGGAGUCGGGCGAGGAGGCCCGCAGGAAGCUGCAGCGAGAGCUGGACGGCGCCAUGCAGCGGGAGCGCCAGCGGGAGGAGGAGAAGGAGCGCGUGGAGAGGCAGCGGGAGCGUCUCAGGGAGGAGAUCGAGGACAUGACUCUGGCCUUGCAGCGGGAGAGGCAGAACUGCAUGGCUCUGGAGAAAAGGCAGAAGAAGUUCGACCAGUGUCUGGCCGAGGAGAAGGCGGUGAGCACUCGCGUGGCCGAGGAGAAGGACCGAGCCGAAGCGGACAGCCGAGAGAAAGAGACGCGAUGUCUGUCCCUGACCCGGGCGCUGCAGGAGGCCCAGGACCAGAGGGAGGAGCUGGAGAGGUCCAACAAGCAGCUCCGCACGGAAAUGGAACAGUUGGUCAACCAGCAGGACGACGUGGGCAAGAGCGUCCACGAGCUAGAGCGCACCCGUCGCUCGCUGGAGACGGAGGCAGAGAGCCUCCGCGCUCAGACGCAGGACCUGGAGGAGGAGCUGAUGGAGGCAGAGAACUCCAGGCUGAGGCUGGAGGUCACCCUGCAGGCCCUGAAAGCUCAGUUUGAGCGGGAGCUUGGCAGCAGCGAGGAGAAGGGCGAAGAGAAGCGGAGGGCCCUCAGCAAGCAGGUGAGGGAGCUGGAGAUCCAGCUUGAGGAGGAGCGCAGUCAGCGCUCCCAGGCGGUCAUGUCCAAGAAGCAGCUGGAAGCCGAGCUGCAGGACUCCGAGGCGCAGAUGGAAACGUCCAGCCGCAGCAAGGAGGAGGCUGUCAAGCAUCUCCGGAAGCUGCAGGGUCAGCUGAAGGAGCUGCUUCGAGAGCUGGAUGAGACCAAGAUGACUCGGGACGAGGUGAUCGCACAGUCCAAAGACAACGACAAGAAAAUCCAAACCCUGGAGGCCGAAGUCCGGCAGCUCACUGAGGAGCUGUCUGUGUUCGACCGCCAGAGGAGACAGGCUCAGAAGGAGAUGGCGGAAAUGGCCGAGCAGAUUUUCAACAACAGUUCUGGAAAGGCGCAUUCUGACGAGAAGCGUCGGCUGGAGGCCAGAGUCAGCCAGCUGGAGGACGAGCUGGAGGAGGAGCAGACCAACUCUGAGAUCCUGAGAGAGCGGCACAGGAAGAUGACGUCACAGGUGGAAACCAUGAACGUGCAGCUGCAGGGCGAGAGGACGCUGGCCCAGAAGGCGGAGGCGGCGCGGGAGCAGCUGGAGAGGCAGAACAAGGACAUGAAGACCCGGCUGGAGGAGCUUGAAGGCACCGUGAGGGGCAAACACCGACUCAGCGUCGCCGCCCUGGAGGCCAAGAUAGAAUCCAUGGAGGAGCAGCUGGAGCAGGAAAGACAGGAGCGUGCCAUCGCCAACAAGCUGGUGAGGAAGACGGAGAAGAAGCUGAAGGAGGUGCUGAUGCAGGCGGAGGACGAGAGGAGACACGCAGACCAGUACAAAGACCAGCUGGACAAGUCCAUGGUGCGCCUGAGGCAGCUGAAGCGGCAGCUGGAGGAGGUGGAGGAGGAGAACUCGCGCUCCAACGCUCAGAAGAGGAAGCUGCAGAGAGAACUGGAGGAGCUGACGGAGAACAGCCAGAGCAGGAUGCGCGAGAUCAGCAGCCUGCGGAACCAGCUCAGCGUCCCUGAAUGGAGGCCAGAGCAACGAGCAGUGUUGCCCGUGACGAUGCGAGGGCGGCGGGCGCUGCUGGACGAUUACUCCCUGGACAACUCUGACUCUGAGGAGCCCCCCGCCUCCCCCACGCCACCCCCAGGGAUGCCCAGGACCCCGCCUCCACCCGCAGACCUCAGCUUGGAAACCACAGCGGCUUACAGCGUCAACAACACACACCAAUGAUGCACACACACACACACACGUUUAUAUGAGGGGGCCAAUGAUACACACACACACACACACACACAUGUUUAUAUGAGGGGGUGUGGGGGGGCACUUUGAUAACAUUUUGUACAUGAACAAUAUGAAUUUAUGCUAAGCUAACAAGCAGUGUUUCCCACAGAACUGCAAUCUAUUUGUGGCGGUGGCUCAUUUGCAUAAAUGGCCUUUGUUAAAGAGCGUGCUUUCAGGCCCCGCCCCCAAAAGUCCGUCAGGGCCAGCUUUUUUUCCCCAAAAAGAAGUUUUUAUGCUAUAAUUUUUGGCUAAUUUGACACUUCAACACAAAGUUCAUGGUUUCCUUUAGAAGUGUGCUAGCGGUUUCUUUGUUAGCAUGCUAAUCUAACAUUCACUAGCUAGCGUUUCAUGCUAGCAAUUUUUGUAUCACAGCACAAGAUGUUGCAGUACAGUAACAGAUACUACUCUACAGUACCAAGAUGUUGCAGUACAGUAACAGAUACUACACUACAGUACCAAUAUAUUGCAGUACAGUAACAGAUACUACACUACAGUACCAAGAUGUUGCAGUACAGUAACAGAUACUACACUACAGUACCCAGAUAUUGCAGUACAGUAACAGAUACUACACUACAGUACAAUAUAUUACAGUACAGUAACAGAUACUAAAAUUCAUGGAUUCCUUAAGAAGUGUGCUAGCGGUUUCUUUGUUAGCAUGCUAAUCUAACAUUCACAUGCUAGCGUUUCAUGCUAGCAAUUUUUGUACUUUUGAACCUGAUGGGGGAUUUCAGCUUACAUGUUGACAUGCUAACAUUAACGUGCAUUGCUAACACUUUAUGUUAGCAAUGGAGCAUAUUUUAUUUUGCGCCGUUUUUGUUUUUUGUUGUACUUUGUACGUCCAUGAUUAUCUUAAAUGCUGUAUAAAAUUUUCGCAUGUUAUAUUAUUAUUAGCAUGCUAGUGUUUUAUGCUAGCCAUUUUUGUACUUUUGAACCCAGUCAUGCACGGUGCCAUCUUAAAAGUAUGCAAGCUGAUGUCAUGCUAACAUUAAUAUGCUAACGUUUUAUGUUAGCAAUUCAGCUCAUUUUAUUCGUGCUGACCUAAUAAUUGUGGAUUUUGUUUUACUCUGUGCCAUCUUAAAAGUAUGCUGGCUGUUAGCAUGCUAAUCAUGUAUGCUAGCAUUUCAACAUGUUAACUUUACGAUGCUAACAUUUUCAGCUAGUUAUUUAGCAUUUUGCACACUUUAAUUUUUACGUGAAUAAUUAUCGAUUUAACGAUUCAUGCUAGCAUUCCAGCUAACUUUGUACUUUUAACCUAAUCAUGGACUUCGUUACAAAUACGAUAGCUCUUCUCGUGUUGACAUUCUAACAUUCAUAUGCCAACAAUACGAUGCUAACAUUUUAUGCUAGCAAAACAGUUUUUUAAAUUGAAUUUUAUACAUACAUGAUGUGCUUAAAUGCUAGUAUAAAAUGUUAGCAUGCUAACAUUUGCGUAUUAACAUUAGCAUGUCUAGCUAAUUAGCUAAUUUUGUACUUUUUAGCUUAAUAAUCAUGGAUUUCUUUGAAAGUAUGCUAGCUGUUUACAUGUUGACAUGCUAACAUUAACAUCUUAGCAUUUUAUGCUAGCAAUCUAGCAGUUUUUUAUGUUAUACGAACAUAAUUCUUACAGUUGCAUAUUAACAUUAUCUUAGCAUUUAGCUAAUGUUGUACUUUUUAACUUUCUAAUCAUGGAUUUGUUUUGGUGCUGUCUUUAAAAAGUAUGCUAGCUGUUGACAUGCUUAACAUUAACAUGUUAUCAUUGUAUGCUAGCAAUUUGGCAUAUUUUUUUUAUUUAAUACUCACGUAAUUAUCUUAAACGCCAGUUUAAAAUGUUGGCUAACAGAAUGUUUAUUGAAUACGCACAUAAUUAUCUUAAAUGCUAGUAUAAAAUGUUAGCAUGCUAAGAUUGGCACACUUGCAAGCUGGCGCCGUGUCACCAAAUGAAGUCGGACCAGGUGUGUUCAGAAGCAGUGUUACCUUGUGAGGACACAGUCCCAUCAUGAUGUGUCAAAGGCCGCCACAAAGAAGUGAAAGUGUGGGAAACGCUGCAAUAAAAGGAAAGAAGCAGCACCCCCCCCA